AGUGGCUCCACUUAUGGGACACUCAGUGAAACAUAAGUUGUAAGCAAAGUGUUGACUCAUUCACACAUUCAUUGACUGAUCCACUCAUUGAUCACAUGAUGGCAGACAAGAAGGACACCAACGACUCCAAGACUGCCGUCGACUCCAAAGACAAAGACAAUAAAGUGGACACAAAUGACCACAAAUUAGAUUUGGGUUUACUUGAAGAGGACGAUGAGUUCGAGGAGUUCCCGGCUGAAGUCUGGAAGGAGAAGUGCGAGACCGAGGAGGAGGUGAACCUCUGGGAAGACAAUUGGGACGACGACAACAUCGAAGAGGACUUCAGCAAACAGUUGAAGUCUGAAUUGGAGAAGAAGUCGAUCGCCUGAAAGGAAGUGUCCGUUUCAUUGGUUUAUAAUUGAUAACAAAACUACUAAUGAAUGCAUUGUAUUAUAAAUAUAAAUAUAAUUUCUCAUUAAAACACUAAUAUUUUGACUCAUUUUCACCACUGAUUGCGAUCGACAGCACUGUCCGGUUAUACUGUACUGUGACAGUGAGCCGGGUAUUAAUUGGGCAAACAAUGACAUC